AUGGUUGAGUAUACAUUUGGACGAGAUUCGAGACAGCUGAAGACUUUGGAUAAGAUAUACCUGGACACGAGCUUCACUGAAGACGUUCAGUUUCAGACAAAAGCGGACGGCCUGCGCGAGCUGCUUGAGAAGGUAGACAAGUAUCCUGGUGAUACCCUCUUCUACUUCUCUGCUUGGACCUAUGGAUACGAGGAUGUAUGGAUCGCAUUGGCCAAGGCCCUAAACACCCAGAUACAUGUCGAUGACUACAAAAUGAAGGUUUACGAAUCCCUUCGAGUUAAGCUAGACGACGAAAACAACUACCUCCACCUGAGCCCUGAAGCACCAGCUCUGGCUGGUUUCCCAUGUGGUAAUCGGUUUCACCCUGGCUGCUUAACCCGAAAUCCAAAUGUCCGAAUACACAGCUGCGAAAAGGGGUCCGGUUGCCCGAUAAUGCAAAAGACGGCGACUGGAAAUGUGGUCUGGAUCACGCCCAUUGUUGCUCACCGGGGCGAGGAUGAUAUGGUAGAGGUUGGUAUCGGCGGCGGAGCUGGAGAUCUGGAAGAAUCGGAUCAAGUCGUUCUGGCUACUGAAGAUCUCCGUAAAUGGCUCGAAAGUCCUCAUGACAACGACUGCACCAGUCGGCAACAUCAAGUCAUAGAUCUCACUCUCGAGGAGUCCGAGAGCAGCCAAAAUCCGGCCACUCAAGAUACACGGAGCCAGCUACUCAAGAGGAAUUUCGGAAGCUUCGUUGAGGAUAUCGAGCCCAUUCAGAAAGCACGGUCGCGUGAUGAGACUGCCGACGAAGACAUCAGUCAUCUUCUCGACUCGCAGGAGACAUCCAUCUCGGCCCGCGCAUUGGAGACCCGUCGAACUGCCUUCAACUCGGUGCUUCACGAGUCUAAUCCUGACCGGUGGGACGGCCUCCUGUGCACGAAGAACAACCACACACAUGAAGAAACUGAGCUAGGCGAGGAACGGGAUUUGUCUGGCAUGGAUGACGGUCCUUCCAAGGAAUCAGUGCCUUGA